UAGCGCGGGGCUCGCAGGUGCUGUUCGGCCGAGGGAAACUUGAAAGGGUGUAACUUUUAACGUCUUUAAAUGUCUGUAACAUAGCUAGGGUCGUUUAUUAUUCAAACGUCUAUGCUAUCGACGAACUCUCACGAUGGCUGACGAAGGAGAGGAGAGCGACAACGGCACGGCGCGAGGGCAGUUCCCCGAGGUAACCGAGUCUCCAUCCCCUACUACGUCACCCGGUGCGCCCGGAGGAUCCCCUCCACCUUCACCCGGGCCCUUGGACCUCUUCUCCUCCACAUCUCCUCUACUUUGUGACCCGGAGUCGUCUUACCUGACGUCUCAGGAAACCGUUUACCGGUCUCCCUCACUCGGGGAGCCUGCGCCGACCACAACCUCGCCAAAGUUCCACCGCCGCUCGAGGGACCCCGAGUCGUUUUCUCGCGCGCGGCAGGAUGCAAGGCUUGCCAUGGUGGAAGGCACUCGAGAUGCCGACCCGUUCCCAGGUUGGAGAAGGGGGGACCCCGACGCUAACACUGGCCGUUUUCAGCACCGAGGACAGAGGUUUACGCGGACCCAGGACCCUACUGACUACGGGAACCACUACUCCAUUCAGCCCGCAGACGCCGACCUGAACCCUGAGACCCGGCAACACCAACAAACGGCAGACGCCAUGCACCGGCGCCACACCACGCUGAGGGACAAGGGGCGUCGCCAGGCGGUGCGAGGCCCCGCCUACAUGUUCAACGAGCGCGGCACGGCGCUCACGGCCGAGGAGGAGCGCUUCCUGGACGCGGCCGAGUACGGCAACAUCCCCGUGGUGCGAAAGAUGCUGGACGAGUCCCACACGCUGAACUACAACUGCGUGGACUACAUGGGGCAGAACGCCCUGCAGCUGGCCGUGGGCAACGAGCACCUGGAGGUCACCGAGCUGCUGCUGAAGAAGGAGGGCCUGGCGCGCAUCGGCGACGGCCUGCUGCUGGCCAUCUCCAAGGGCUACGUCCGCAUCGUGGAGGCCAUCCUGGCGCACUCUGCCUUCGGGGGCAGCCUGCGGCUGGCGUCGGGCCCCCUGGAGCAGGAGACGCAUGACGACGCCUUCUACGCCUACGACGAGGACGGCACUCGCUUCUCCCACGACGUCACGCCUGUCAUCCUGGCGGCGCACUGCCAGGAGUUCGAGAUCGUCCACAUCCUGCUGACCCGCGGCGCCCGCAUCGAGCGGCCCCACGACUACUUCUGCAAGUGCAACGAGUGCGAGGAGAACCAAAGGGUGGACUCCUUCUGCCACUCGCGCUCCCGCAUGAACGCCUACAAGGGGCUGGCCAGCGCCGCCUACCUGUCGCUGAGCAGCGAGGACCCCGUGCUGACGGCGCUGGAGCUCAGCAGCGAGCUGGCCCGGCUGGCCAACAUCGAGACGGAGUUCAAGAACGACUACAGGAAGCUGUCCAUGCAGUGCAAGGACUUUGUGGUGGGCGUACUGGACCUGUGUCGUAACACGGAGGAGGUGGAGGCUAUACUGAACGGAGACGUGGACCAGUGCCCACCCAGCGCCUACAACCGGCCUUGCCUCAGCCGGGUCACACUGGCAAUCAAGUACGAGGUCAAGAAGUUUGUCGCCCAUCCCAACUGCCAGCAACAGCUGCUCACCAUCUGGUACGAGAACCUGUCCGGGCUGAGGCAGCAGUCCAUGGGGGUCAAGUGUUGGACUGUGCUGGGGGUCACCGUUGGGCUGCCCUUCCUGGCUGUCGCCUACUGGGUCAUGCCCUGUAGCAAGUUUGGUCAGAUCCUGCGCAGCCCCUUCAUGAAGUUCGUGGCCCACGCCGUCUCCUUCACCAUCUUCCUGGGCCUGCUGGUCAUCAACGCCUCGGACCGCUUCGAGGGGGUCAAGAACCUGCCCAACGAGACCAUCACAGACCACCCCCGCCAGGUCUUCAGGGUCAAGACCACCCAGUUCUCCUGGACCGAGAUGCUCAUCAUGAAGUGGGUGCUUGGCAUGAUCUGGUCCGAGUGUAAGGAGAUCUGGGUGGACGGCCCCCGGGAGUACGUCAUGCACCUGUGGAACGUGCUGGACUUCGGCAUGCUCAGCAUCUUCGCUGCGUCCUUCACGGCCCGCUUCAUGGCCUUCCUCAAGGCGUCCAAGGCCCAGCUGUACGUGGACCUGCACGUGCUGGACGAGGACCUGAGCAGCGCCACACUGCCCGAGGAGGUGGCCUACUUUACCUUCGCCAGGAACAAGUGGAGGCCCUCAGACCCCCAGAUCAUCUCGGAGGGCCUGUACGCCAUCGCCGUGGUGCUGAGCUUCUCUCGCAUCGCCUACAUCCUGCCGGCCAACGAGAGCUUCGGGCCGCUGCAGAUCUCGCUGGGUCGCACCGUCAAGGACAUCUUUAAGUUCAUGGUGAUCUUCAUCAUGGUGUUCGUGGCCUUCAUGAUCGGCAUGUUCAACCUGUACUCCUACUACCUGGGCGCCAAGUACAACCCCGCCUUCACCACGGUGGAGGAGAGCUUCAAGACCCUCUUCUGGUCCAUCUUCGGGCUGUCCGAGGUCAUCUCGGUGGUGCUGAAGUACGACCACAAGUUCAUCGAGAACAUCGGCUACGUGCUGUACGGCAUCUACAACGUCACCAUGGUGGUGGUGCUUCUCAACAUGCUUAUCGCCAUGAUCAACAGCUCCUACCAGGAGAUCGAGGAGGACGCCGACGUGGAGUGGAAGUUUGCGCGCGCCAAGCUGUGGCUGUCCUACUUCGACGAGGGCCGGACCCUGCCCGCCCCCUUCAACCUGGUGCCCAGCCCCAAGUCCUUCUACUACCUAGGGCUGCGCAUCAAGGGCGGACUGGUGCGCCUCUGCAAGGCCAGCAGCCGUCACCACGACAACGAGGUGGAGAUGGGCAUGCUCCACUCCCGGCAAAAGGCGGAGCGUUUUACUGCGCACCCGCGACCCGGUGAGGAGUUUGUGCCGCGGAAACCCAUCAAACACCCCACCAGGUACCAGAAGAUCAUGAAGCGUCUGAUUAAACGCUACGUCCUGAAGGCUCAGGUUGACCGCGAGAACGACGAAGUUAAUGAAGGCGAGCUGAAGGAGAUCAAGCAGGACAUCUCCAGCCUGCGCUACGAGCUCCUGGAGGAGAAGUCUCAGUCCACGGGCGAGCUGGCCGGCCUCAUCCAGCAGCUCAGCGACAAGUUUGGCAAGAACACCAAGAGACACUGA